GGCGGGGAAAAAGAAACCCAACUAACACUCCAGCAGCACUCAGCAGACGAGCAGCAGCAACUCUGCACGAGAACCGGGGACAUAUCUUGCAGACGAGGAGCACUGGAGAAAACAGAAACAUCUUAAUCCAAGCAAUUGCAUUGCCUUUAGGAUUUCCCAUGAUUUGGAUGUCGGCUGACCUGGUGUGAAGCGCUAACCAGCUCAACUUCUGUUUUUUGGGGGGAGAAGGAGGAACAUUUCGGCUUCAUUUGUGUCUUGUAAACGGAAUGAAUGACCAAGACAAAGGUUGACACCGGUUCCCCGACGCAUUUUGUCUCGUCGAAGGAGAAGAGGCAAAAGCAGAAAAUGGAGAGCAGCACCGGCGAGCUAGAACAGCCGCAGCCGCAGCACCAACCGACACAACAGCCGCCGCCUGCGCCGCCGCUACAAGUUACCGAGAAAAAGAAAAUACACCGGGCACCGUCUCCUGCACGACCCAAAGAUGUGGCCGGCUGGUCACUCACUAAAAUCCGCGGCGGUAUCGGCACGCCGACACUAAGCGUUAAACCGGGGGCCAUUUAUUUAGGUGGCCGCGUGUCCAGACGCAGCCCCGUUACCGGGAAAGACGCAAAAACAGAAAAGAAUAAACCAACCGGCAAACCCGCGCUGUCAGCGACCGGUGCUCAGAAGAGCAGCGUAAAGUCUAAUAAAAGCGGCCGGAGAAAAGUUUCAGAUGCCAGCAUCGGAUCGGAUGAUUUAAGCAAGGACUCCGGAUGCGCACCGGGGAAACUCUCACCCACCGACAGCAGUUCCGAGCUCUCCGACUGCGCCUCCGAGGAGAAUAAAGUCUCCACAGACGCGCUUAGUAGCGACACGGAGACUAGCAGCCGCGGGGGGAUCGACGGCGACAAAGCGGCAGCUGAACAUGGAUUACUGGACAAAAGUGGUCACACCAAGACCAGCGCAGAGAAAGAGCGACUCUCGCUGGGGAUGGAGACCGCAGAGGGGAGCGUGUCCCCCGGGGAGGAGCGCUCCCUCACCUCGAUGGACAGCAGGAUGCCCGCCAGCACAUCACUGGCCUUUUCAGACCUGACCGAGGAGCUGAUGGACGGCAUGAAUGAGGAAUUAGUCAGGGAGAUUGAGGAACUCAGGUCGGAGAAUGAUUAUUUAAAGGACGAAAUGGAGGAACUUCGCUCGGAGAUGCUGGAGAUGAGGGACAUGUACUUGGAGGAGGAUGUUUAUCAGCUUCAGGAGCUCAGACAACAGCUGGAUCAGGCCAACAAGACAUGCCGCAUCCUGCAGUAUCGCCUCAAGAAAGCAGAGAGACGCAGCAUCCGCGUGGCCCAGACGGGACAGGUGGAUGGAGAGCUCAUCCGCACACUGGAGCAAGACGUCAAGGUGGCGAAGGACGUCUCCAUCCGUCUGCACAAUGAGCUGGACACUGUGGAGAAGAAGAGAUCUCGUCUGGAGCAGGAGAACGAGGAACUGAGGGUGAAACUACAGGAUCUGGAGGUGGCAAAGCAGGUCCUGCAAGCUGAGAUGGAGAAGGCCAGAGAGAACUCAUUGAAGAAGAGAAGUGCCAGACCAAACAACAAACCUGAUAAAAAAGCAUCGCCUCAGCCUCCAGAGGACAGUUCUGACCUCAAAUGCCAGCUUCACUUCGCCAAGGAGGAAUCAGCUCUCAUGUGCAAAAAACUCACCAAGAUGGUCAAAGACAACGAGGCCAUGAGGGAGGAACUGGCAAAGUUUCGUUCCAUGUAUGGAGAGGUUGAUGCCUCGCUGACCGUUGAAGAAGUGGCGGACUCUCCUCACACCAGAGAGGCAGAGGUCAAAGUUCACCUGAAACUAGUGGAGGAGGAAGCGAAUCUUCUAAGUCGACGGAUUGUAGAGUUGGAGGUUGAAAACCGUGGCCUUCGUGCUGAAAUGGACGACAUGAAGAUCCAGGAUUCUCCAGGUGGAAUUGGUAUCACGGGCGGAGUUGGAAGUCACCUGCUGUUUUCCACAUCUGAGAAUGUGAUGGAGCUACAGCGACACCUACAGUUUGUGGAAGAAGAGGCAGAUCUGCUUCGUAGGUCCUUGAUCGAAAUGGAGGAGCAGAACAAGCUCUUGAUGAACGAGCUUAACCACUACAAGUCUGAGCUUCCCGCUGUCACUGAGAUAGAGCCAUCAUCAUCAUCCACAACCAUCACUUCGCCCACAAUCCUUCCUGGUCCUUCUGAAGAUGCACUAAAUGAAGCCACCCAUAAAGAACUUCUUGCUGCCAGACUUCAGAUUGCAGAGCUGAACGGCAAAGUAAAGAAGCUCCAGUACGAGAACCGUGUGCUUUUGUCCAACCUUCAACGGUGUGACUUGGCUUCCAACCAAGGCUCCGCACGUCCAUCACUGGAAACAGAUGCCGAAGCCGGAGACUCAGCUGAAUGCAUUCCUAGCCAUACGCAUCGCGAAGGUCCAGUGGGGGAUGAGCAAACCGAUAUUCUGGAGGAGAAGAAUCUAAAAGUUUCAAGAACAAGUCACACUCACACUUCUCAAUGCCUCAGUGUAAAGGAUCUCCUCGCUAUCCGUGACCAGGCACAACUUGUUACCUCAGCCAUUCAGCUUCUGACUUCACCCGACACCUCCUGUAUCUCACCGGACUCUGUCUAUCGCAAGAUCACCGCCAAUGAUUCUGCUGAACCGGUUCUACUAGAGAAGAGUCAGACCCCGAGCUCCACACUGCCUGUGGUAGAGGUCCUGCAUGGCAGACUGCAGUUCCUUCAGGCUCAGCUCCAGGCCCUCAGUGAGAGGGUGGAUGCCCUGGAUGAGCCCGCAGUGAGAGAUUGUUUUGACGGGAUGUCCCAGAUGCCCCUGCUGUCUGAGGCAGAAGACCCUACAGCAAAUUGCUUAUGCCCUGCAGAUGCUCAGUUCAACCUGAACGCAGCCCAACAGAAGCCUGACUCUAGAGACCAGCCAGACUGUGAGGUCAAAGUUCACCUGUGCAAGGCAGACGAGGAGAGCAACUGCCACAAAGACAGCAACAAGGAUGAAGAAUCAGACUUAAAGGAUACAAACUCUGAUCUGCUGACAGAGCAGGUUCAUGAGCUGCACGCUCUGCUGUCGGAGGCGAGAGAGAAGGCUCAUGGAGCACAAGAAGCUCUAUCACAGGAGAGACACGAGCGCCACAGCGACAUUCACAAACUCUCUCAGCUUCAGGAAGAGCAUCAGAAGGCCCUCCUCCGCCGAGACUUCCAGCUGCAGAGUCUGAGCCUACAGACACGUCUGCAGCAGAAGCUGUGGAGUCAGGAGAGGAACCUGCUGGUGCAGGAGUCACAGCAGCUGAAAGAGAGCCUGCUCCUCAUCAGCCUCAAGCUGCGCUGGCUCCUCAAACAGUGGAGACUCGGCAAGAAACUAGACACAGAGAGCAAGGACAUCCUAGAGGUUAACAGUGUCAAAGAUCUCCGUAUUCUGCUUGAGGAAGAUCUGUCUUCUCACUAUGGAGACAAUAAGAUGUCUGCAGCCGAGGAACCACAACUCAACCCAACACCCAAAGAGCACAACCUGCCAGAGAAGAGCAUCUCUCAGCAGCCCAGUGGAUUCGGCAGUACUCUGUCGGACCUGAAGGUGGCGCUACAGGAUCUGAGCGGUGAGCUGCGUGAGGAGCGUCAGAGUUCACAGGAGUUAACGCAGCAGUUUGCCCGGGCUAAAGCAUCAUGGGAAGUUGAACGAAUGGAGCUCAAGAGUAUUAUCACUCAGCUGGAGGGUAAGCUGGGGAAGGCGUCUGUGGCUGUGGGUGAAAAGGAUUCUUCAGACCUUAAGGAGGCACUAAAAAAGGAGCGAGAGGAGCAUCAACAUCUCUUGGCGGACUCUUAUGCUGCUGUGAUGGACCUUACCAAACAACUGCAGAUCAGUGAGAAAAACUGGAGCCGAGAGCGGCUAGAGCUUCUGGAGCACUUCAACCAGGAAAGAAGUCAAUGGGAUCAGCGGGUACGCGAUGCCCAGAGCAAAGGCGCACAGUCUCUCCAUGACAAAACUUCAGAGAAGGAAGCCUUAGCUGAUGUAGUCGCGGGUAGUUCAGCAAUGCAAAGGACCAAAUCAAUAUCCCCCCUCACUGAAUUGAAGAGUCUGCUAGACACCAGUCUACUCCUUCAUAGUCACAAGGUCAUUGUGGAACCAGAGUGCGCCAUGGCACAGCACCAAUCUGCUGCUCCUGCUUCUAUUCUGGCUCGCACUGACUUAAGUGAUCUCAACAAUAAAAACUGGAAGUACCUGACCAGUGAUUCAGCCAUACUGGAGAAGGGUGACCAGUUUAAGACAUGGGACUGCCCAAGCACCAACUCUAACAGCAGCUUUCCAGGGCUGGAGCUGAACAAGGAGUACAUUCAGAGAAGCUACACCGCUCCAGAUAAGACGGGCAUCCGCAUCUACUACAGUCCUCCGACAGUGAGGAGAAUGGAGAGGAGGCCAGUCAAAGAAAACACCCAGCAGGAUUACCAACAAGGACUAUCAUCUAGGGAUGCAGCAAUGAUAGAUCCAUCUGGUCAGAUUGCUGCAUCUGCACCAUUAUUGACAACUUCCCCAUCUGCAUACGAGCAGUGGUUGAGUUCACUUUCACAGCAGCACAGAGAUCUGCUUGAAGGGCGGACAGGAGGUUCUGCACCUUUCCAUGGAUUAGAGAUUUCAGGCAACCUUAGCGAUGACAUGAAGGAGAUGACCAACUGUGUACGACAGGCCAUUCGUUCCAGUUCCCUGGAAAGGAAAUGCAGCAAAGAUACAGGGAGCCAGACAGUUGGUGUUUGUAGUACAGGAACGCAGACUGCACAGUUUGUCAGCAUUGGUAUGCAAACUGAUGUACCCAUCUCAACAGCAAGAGGCCUUCAAGGGAAAGCAUGGUCUCCUCGUCCAUCCACCUCACUUGCAUCUGCACGUUCUCGACAGAUCUCUUCAUCUUUGGACAAAGUCCACAGUCGCAUAGAUAGACCUUGUUGCUCUCCCAAAUAUGGCUCACCUAAGCUCACACGCAGGGUUUCCACCUCCUCCUCCAAACUCGAGACCUCAUCAACAUCUUCAAGGGAUCGCAGUGUCUGGAAUCUGCAUAACCGAACUGGAUCUCAAAAUGGUUCUGCCUGGGCUCGUUCCACCACCACCCGUGAUAGCCCAGUGCUUAGUGGACUCAAUGAUGGCUUGACCAGUCUCUUCAGUGUGGUGGAACACUCUGGAAGUGUUGAAUCAUUGUGGAAAGCAGAUACUUGUCCUGGGAGGCAAGCUGCCGGUAAACCGUCUUGUCCAAGUAUCGGCGUUGGUCUGGGAGAAGCCGGAGCUCAGAAGUACGGAGUGGUUCAAGAAUUUCUUCGUAAUGUUUGCGGCAGGACAACAUCAGUGAGCAUAAUUGAUGAACCGAAGCCUGAAUGCAUGCCUGGAUCUUUGAUCAGCACAGAUAACAUCACAAAGAUAGUCAAUAAGAGGUUUAUGAAAACACAAAGAGACGAACUGGUAGCCACAGGAAAGGAUGCAAUGAGCUCAAGCUCCAGUACUGUGGAGGAUUCAGUUUGUGACUGCAACUCACAAACUGUCACUACCUGUUUUGCCCGCCACUCUCGCUCUACCACACGACAUACUCAUGGCCAGUGCAAGCAUCGAGUGCAAGAGUCAUCCAUGGGAAACGAAGAACGAGUCAAUAUGAUUAACGAGAGGGAAUGAGGCAGCUUCUGCUCACACCUCCCAAAAUAUAUACAAAGAAAACAACUGUCAACACACACCCCACACACACACUGCCACACAAAUCCACUGCCACAUAAGUACACCAACACAUACAGACACACCCUUAGACAAACCUACGUAUAUACUUCAUACCUUCAAAACAAGACUUCAGGGUUACAACAAUAGGAUCUUGUAGAGUUUGUGCAUCUGGAGAGUUUCCAAACCAGACCUCAGUGUAACCAGCACACUUUAAUGCCAAGGAAGGGGAGAGUGUUUACCUCCACAAUUCCACUGUCAGCCAGCCAGAUUUCACAUUGUAUGUCCUUUGUUCCAGAGUAAACCAGCCUGUCCUGCCUUUAAAAUCUACCAUUCUACCAUCGUCCAGUCGGACUUUACCUUAAACUCUGCCAUUCCGUUGUUUGUCAUCCAGCCAACAGGACAGCAUAGCCAAACUCAAGUUGACACCAGGUCUUAUUGAAGUCAUGUAGAUAUAAAGGGAACGCACAGCAUGCAAAUGAAAUAAGAAAAACCUAGAACCUCAAAAUGGCCUUUAGUAAGAGUAACAAUAUCCCUCACUGCCGACUGGCCCUUACUCUAUUCUACAGAUAGUAUUGCUUGAAUAUCUGUAAAAUUAUCCCAUAACCAGCCCAUGGUGGACUCGAAGUCAGCUUUUUCAAAAGUCUACAAUGGACUCCUUUUGCCUUUGGUGGUCAUGAAGAAAGUUUCCAGGAAAUCCAAUGUGGUCUCAAUUUUGGUUUUGAGCUCACAUCUCAACAGACAAUCAUAAACCAGCAAAGCUUGUUUCAACCUCUGUUCUGCAACUACUUUGGACCAUGUUCAAUUUUCCAACCAGCCAAAAUAUGAAACUCUUAAUCAACCCUGGAUUUCUCUAAAAAUAGGACUGGAUGCGUUAUGAACCUGUCCUUUUUAAAAACUUGAUAUUCUUAUUAUGCUGUCUGAAGAUGUCUACGAAAAGCACGUUGGUAGCUGUAGAGUAGAAGGAUAGCAGUUGUUAUGUUUGCUUUGGUACUUUGUACUGUUCAAGUGUUUGGACAUUAGAGCACUGACAUGUAAAAUCUUCAUUCCCUGGCUAGGAUGUUGUAAUGAUUUUUAAAGUGUAUCGAUCAUUUUUAUUCCUACCCCCUGGUUAUGGAAGACAUGUUCCUUGGUGUAUCUUCUGCAAUUGUUUUCAUUGUCUACCUCUUCAACCUUCGUCAUCAUGCUGAAAUGGGUCUUAGUCACGGUAAACACCAAUUUUAAUUUAAUGUUAAGUCCCAGCUGGGUUAGUUGACAUUUCUGUGUGGAGUUUGGAUGUUCUCCACGUGUUCCUGUGGGUUUCCUCCAGGUGCUCCGGUUUCCCCCAAACCAAAAAAACA